AUGGCUCAUCAUUACGUUGUGACUGCACACAAACCCACAGCAGUAAAUGCUUGUGUUACCGGCAAUUUCACAUCUCCAACAGAUCUAAAUUUGAUUCUCGCAAAAAAUAUGCGACUGGAGAUUUAUCUAGUAACACCAGAAGGUUUACGACCGCUGAAGGAAGUCGGAAUUUAUGGCAAAAUUGCAGAGAUUAAAUUUUUUCGUCCUCCUCAUGAAAAGAAAGAUUUAUUGUUUUUGUUAACCUAUCGCUACAAUGCGAUGAUAUUGGAAUGCAUUGGCACAGGCGAGGACAUAGAAAUAAUAACAAAAGCACAUGGAAACGUAGCUGACAGAAUAGGACGUCCAUCAGACACCGGAAUAAAAGCUGUUAUUGACCCGAAAGCAAGAGUAAUCGGUUUAAGACUCUACGAUGGGUUGUUUAAAAUAAUUCCCCUGGACAAAGAUAAUCCCGAGUUGAAAGCUUCGUCAAUUAGAAUGGAUGAGCAGAGUGUACAAGACCUGGACUUUUUGCAUGGCUGUGCCAAUCCAACGCUUAUUAUAAUCCAUCAGGACAUCAACGGGUGUCACGUUAAAACUCACGAAAUAUCAUUGCGAGAUAAAGAGUUCGUAAAGACUCCUUGGAAACAGGACAAUGUUGAGCGUGAAGCAAUGAUGGUUAUACCCGUACCAUCACCAAUUUGUGGGGCUAUUGUUAUAGGACAAGAAAGUAUCUUAUACCACGACGGGACCGCUUAUGUAGCAGUUGUCCCUCCGAUUAUUAAAUACAGCACAAUAACUUGCUACGCACGAGUCGACGCACAAGGACUGAGAUAUUUACUUGGUGAUUUAGCUGGUCACCUUUUCAUGUUAUUUUUAGAACAAGAGAAGCGACCAGACGGUACGUCUGUCAUUAAAGAUCUCAAGGUUGAGUUACUAGGUGAAGUUAGUAUACCUGACUGCAUAACUUAUCUAGACAAUGGAGUCAUUUUUGUUGGCAGCAGAAUGGGUGAUUCCCAAUUGAUUAAAUUAAUCACCAAAGCCGAUGAAAAUGGUUCUUACUGUGUCGUUAUGGAGACAUUUACCAACUUGGCGCCGAUUGUCGACAUGGCUAUCGUUGACUUGGAACGCCAAGGUCAAGGUCAAAUGGUUACUUGCUCAGGAGCUUUCAAAGAAGGUUCAUUGAGGAUUAUCAGAAAUGGUAUAGGUAUUCAAGAGCAUGCCAGCAUUGAUUUACCAGGUAUAAAAGGGAUGUGGGCGCUGAAAGUCGGUGGUGGUAAUUUCGAUAAUACCCUUGUUCUUUCAUUCGUCGGACAAACGAGAAUAUUGAUGCUCAAUGGAGAAGAAGUUGAAGAAACAGAUAUACCUGGUUUCGUAGCUGAUGAACAGACAUUCCACACGGGAAAUGUUUCAAAUGAUUUAUUUAUCCAGAUAACUCCAUCUUCCGCGCGGCUGAUCUCCAGUGAGUCCAAGUCGGUGGUGUCUGAGUGGGAGCCUACAAAUAAACGUACAAUAAGCGUUGUAGCUUGCAACGGCAGACAAGUACUCUGUGCGACUGGUAAUGACUUAUUUUAUAUGGAAAUAGUUAACGAUAAGAUAAUACCCAAGGGUUUCAGUACUUUGCAGCACGAGGUAGCUUGUCUGGAUAUUUCACCACUGGAUGGCUGCAACGAAGCCACUAUUGCUACUGUCGGCUUAUGGACAGAUAUAUCAAUAAGAAUUCUGACGCUGCCGGCUUUGGAAGAGAUCAACAAGGAAUUAUUGGGCGGUGAGAUAAUUCCUCGGUCUGUUUUAAUGACUUGCUUCGAAGGAAACACUUAUUUACUUUGCGCUCUGGGUGAUGGUAGUAUGUACUACUUUACCUUGCAAAAGGACACAGGCUUGCUGUCAGACAAGAAGAAAGUAACAUUAGGUACCCAGCCGACUGUACUGCGUACAUUUAGAUCACUUUCAACGACUAAUGUCUUCGCGUGCUCUGAUCGUCCUACAGUGAUCUACUCGUCAAACCACAAAUUGGUGUUCAGUAACGUCAAUCUGAAAGAAGUCAAUCAUAUGUGUUCACUAAAUGCCGAGUCUUAUCCAGACAGCUUGGCUCUGGCUACCGACAGUACUGUUACUAUUGGUACCAUCGAUGAAAUCCAAAAGUUACAUAUUAGAACAGUCCCAUUAGGUGAGUCCCCCAGACGAAUCACAUAUCAAGAGUCUUCCCAGACAUUCGGUGUCGUGACAAUGCGUGUUGACGUUCAAGAAAGCAACGGUGUGAGUAUUGUACGUCCGUCAGCUUCCACUCAAGCUGCUUCGACGUCAAACAGCAACCACGUGGUGUCUCACAACAAACCCGGUCAUACUUCAGCGAGUGAGAUCGGUCAAGAUGUGGAAAUUCACAAUCUUCUGAUUAUUGAUCAACAUACCUUCGAGGUUCUUCAUGCUCAUACUUUGAUACCCAAUGAAUACGCGAUGUCGCUGCUUUCAACAAAAUUGGGCGAGGAUCCUACAUCGUACUUUAUCGUAGGAACUGCUCUUGUAAAUCCUGAUGAAACAGAGCCUAAGAUGGGCAGAAUAUUAAUGUACCAUUGGAAUGAUGGAAAAUUACAACAGGUAGCUGAAAAAGAAAUAAAAGGAUCUUGCUACUCGUUGGUUGAAUUCAAUGGGAAAUUACUUGCGAGUAUCAACAGCACUGUCAGAUUAUUUGAGUGGACUGCGGAGAAAGAAUUAAGACUUGAGUGCAGUCAUUUUAAUAAUAUUAUCGCUCUGUUUUUGAAGACUAAAGGCGAUUUUGUGUUAGUCGGGGAUUUGAUGAGAUCUUUCACGUUAUUGCAGUAUAAAACAAUGGAGGGCAGUUUUGAAGAGAUUGCUAGGGAUUAUAAUCCUAACUGGAUGACUGCUAUUGAAAUUCUUGACGAUGAUACUUUCCUGGGUGCGGAAAACAGCUAUAACUUAUUUGUUUGCCAAAAAGACAGUGCUGCGGCUUCGGAGGAGGAACGACAGCAGAUGCAGGAGGUCGGACAGUUUCAUCUUGGAGAUAUGGUAAAUGUUUUUCGUCAUGGUUCGCUGGUGAUGCAACAUCUUGGGGAAUCCAGCACACCCACUCAAGGCUGCGUUCUCUUUGGCACCGUUUGCGGGGCUAUUGGAUUGGUAACACAAAUACCGCCGGGUUUUUACGAAUUUCUACGCAAUCUCGAGGACAAACUGACGACUGUUAUCAAGAGUGUAGGAAAAAUAGAACACAAUUUUUGGCGGAGUUUCAAUACUGAAUUAAAAGUUGAAGCUUGCGAAGGUUUUGUUGACGGCGACUUGAUUGAAAGUUUCUUAGAUUUAAGUCAAGAAAAAAUGGCUGAAGUAGCAAUGGGUCUUACGAUUGAUGAUGGCAGUGGAAUGAAGAAAGAAGCAACGGUAGACGAUUUGGUAAAAAUAGUCGAAGACUUGACAAGGAUACAUUGA